AUGCGUGGAGUGAACGUCAUAGAAGAGCCGAACGAAGGACGGCCGGCGCCUCUCGGAGAAAAACACACGGAAGAAAAAUCUGAAGCAAGGGGGUUCGGAGCAGGCACAGCAUCCGCAUCAGUAUUGAGCCAGCAAGCGACACCUCCCGGAGGGAACUUCUGGCAAACUCAUGAACAGACAGAGAAGACAGAGACAGAGGAGGGGGGCGAAUCUACAGUGUACAGACAGCCCGAGGGCAUGGUUCAACACGUCUUCCAGUGGGGGAUUGGAAACGCCUUCCGCGCGAUCAGUGUAAACAGAUACCGACCAGUGCAUGCUGCUCGACCGAAGGAGGUGUCUAUACACCCGAGCUACUUCGUCUCGCCGCACCCAUGCGUGAUUUGGGAGCCGCUGAACGAGGCGUGGGAGGUCUACUUCUACGAAAACCGCAAGAAGUCCGCCAAGCCGUUCCCCGUGAAGAAGUUCGGCAUUGCGCGGGCCAAGCGAGAGGCACUCGACUUCCUCAAGCAGAUGGAGGAGGAAGGGCGUCUGGAGAAGCCGACGUUCGCGUCAGGCGUGGAAGGCGUCACGUUUGACCAAGUGACUGGGAGCUGGAUAUGCCGCUACAUCGACGCGGACGGGCGCAGCAUGUCCCGCGGCUUCAGCGCAGACUUCCAUGGCUUUGAAGAAGCGAAAAACCUCGCGGAAGAACGCAAGGCGGCGACGAUGGAAAACCUCCGCAACGACUUCCUCGGAGCGAACAUGCGGCUCGUCAAAGACAAGCAGACAAGCUGA